UUCAGGUUGGACUUGAAUUUCUUGCAACUAGGUUAAUUGGUAUAAUGCAUCCACCUAUAAAAAUUACAGGGUGGCUCACUCAAAGGCCCUGAAAUCAGUGGCAAGAAGUGGAAGUUUUCCUUUCCUGCGUGUUCCUGUGGACUGCCAGCUGGACUCUGAGGACCAGCUUCUGCUGCUGUUCCUGAGCCUCAUCCUUCUUGGGCCGCACUGCCCAAUGGCGGCGAUCACGGACUUAGGUUUUAUGUACCGCUGGUUUAAGAACUGUAAUCUUGUUCGCAACCUUUCGGAGAAGUAUGUCUUCAUUACGGGCUGUGACUCUGGCUUUGGGUACACGCUGGCCAAACAGCUGGUUGAACGGGGCAUGCGGGUGCUGGCUGCUUGCCUUACGGAGGAAGGGGCUCAGAAACUGCAGCAGGAUACCUCCUACCGGCUGCAGACGAUCCUGCUGGACAUCACCAAGACUGAGAGCGUCAAGGCUGCGGCCCAGUGGGUGAGGGACCAAGUGGGCGACCAAGGCCUCUGGGCCCUGGUGAACAAUGCUGGUGUGGGCCUGCCCAGUGGCCCCAAUGAAUGGCUGACGAAGGAGGACUUUGUAAAGGUGAUCAAUGUGAACCUGGUGGGAACGAUCGACGUGACCCUCCACAUGCUGCCUAUGGUCAAGAAAGCCCGGGGCAGGGUAGUCAACAUGUCCAGCUCUGGUGGUCGUGUGGCUGUCAUUGGUGGUGGCUACUGUGUCUCCAAGUUUGGCGUUGAGGCCUUCUCUGACAGCAUCAGGCGUGAGAUGCACUACUUUGGGGUGAAGGUCAGCAUCAUUGAGCCGGGGAACUACAAGACAUCCAUUCUGGGAAAGGAGGGCCUUGAUAAAAAACUGGAAAUGCUAUGGGAGCGGCUGCCGCAGGAGACCCGAGAGAGCUAUGGAGAGGAAUACUUCCGCAUCUAUACUUCCAAACUGAACAACAUGAUGCAGCUCGCAAGUCCAAACAUCACUGAUGUCAUCAACAGUAUGGAGCAUGCCAUUGUCUCCCGGACUCCCCGCAUCCGCUACAACCCUGGCCUGGAUGCCAAACUCCUCUACCUCCCCUUGGCAAAGUUGCCCACCCCUGUGACAGAUUUCAUUCUGAGCCGCCACCUUCCAAAGCCAGCAGACAGUGUCUGAGCUGGGGAAGUCCCAGGGGUGGAUGGUGGAAUGCACAGCAUGGGGAGGGAGAAAGCCCUGUGGUCGAGUCAGACAUGCUGGGGAUGGUGGCUACCAAGGACACUGGGUUCAGCUGAUACCGCUGGUGAGAAUGCCUCCUCUCCCCUGCUGGGGACCCCACAGACCUGAGGUGGCCUUUGCAGACUUGAAGACCUACAACACUGCCCCAAGGACAGGCAGGAGACAAAUUUUUCUGGGCCUGGAAAAGUCAAGGAGGGGAAAAUCUGAGUCUCAAGCUGUUACCUCCUCUGGGGAAUACUCUGGGACAAGAAUCUCAGUCUCCUCUCUGUGGGUCUCCAGAUACUCACCAGCCUCAUCCAUACCACCCAUUACUGAAGGAUGCAGUACAGCAGCCAGGAGCUCAAGAGCAUAUUCAACAAUAGUUUAAAAUAGUUUUUCUCUCUACAUUUCUCUAUCCAUAGGUGAUUUGAAUGCACAUGAAAUGACAUUUAUUUAUUUAAUCAGUAUUGCCUAAUUCACCAAAUAUUUAUUGAGUGUCUGCUACCUACCAAGCACUAUGAAUCAGGUGGAGAUAUGAAGAUUAUGAAACCAUUGCCUUGAUCUUUUUAUGAUUUAUUUUGUGUUUUUAUCAUAGCACAACAUCUAUCAGCACAGAUAAAGCAGUGACAGAAAGAAGAGAAACUAGAAAACAAAGUGAGAGGCACGCUGGGGGGUCAUUGUGCAGUAGUAUUCAAACAUAUCAUAUCCUUCACUUAAAUAAAAAUGUAUACUUUUGGGCUCCAGUGUUAGAAAAUAUGAUUCAUUAGACCUUGGGUAGGGCUCAGAAAUAUGUAUUGCAAUAAGGAUCUAGAUGAUUCUGGUGUAUAUACAUACUUGGAAGCCACCGGUAGGUCUAUAGGAGAAGUAGCUACCACUACAGCACCCAUCACUUGCCUCCAGCUUAGUGCCCAAGGCAAAGAACUCAUGUAUUCAGAUUCUCAGAUCAGGUUUUUGGUUUUUUGGGUUUUCUUAGUUAUAAGAGAAUCAAAUUUUGAAAUUGGUAACAUUGUCAAAUAAAGUCACGGAGCUAAACUUUUUAAAAAGAAAUCACCUUAAACUUCUGUUGAAAAGACUUUUGAUCUUGAUGAAUAAUCAUGUAAUAAAGGUAAACAUGAUAUUUUAAAAAUUAAA